AAACACCUAUUUUAUCGACAUUUGUGUUUUACGGAGAGAGAAUAUACAAUAUAUAAUUCACACAAGCUGUCAAUUUCUGUCAGAAAAAUGCUAAAAUAAAAAAAUAAUAACCAUGGAUGUGGUAACAACAAGUCUCGAAGCUCUUAUUCAAAGGGUAACUAAUCCACAAAAUCCACAAAAACCUGACAUUGCUGCUAUUGAAGCUUUUUGCGUAACAAUUUUAAAAGAAACUGAAGGUAUACACAUUGCUAGUAAACUUUUGGCAACUCAUAUUGUUGAAUCAACAAGCGAAUGGGAGGCAUUACAAGCACUUUCGCUGUUAGAUACGUGUAUGAGACGAUGUGGAGGUUUAUUUCACGCGGAGGUGGGAAAAUUUCGUUUUCUCAAUGAAAUGAUAAAACUUGUUUCACCAAAAUAUCUUGGAAAUUCAACACCAGUUGCAGUGCGUGAAAAAGUAUUGGAAUUAUUAUACGCAUGGACUGUGGAUUAUCCACGGGAAAUAAAAAUAAAGGAAGCUUUUGAAAUGCUUAAAAAACAAGGAGUAGUAAAGGAGGAAUUAUUGCAAUCGACAAACGCAAUUAUUGAUGGGACAAAAGCUGGAAAGUCAAAAAGUCAAAUAUUCGAAGAUGAAGAAAAAUCGAAACUUCUUCAAAAAUUAUUGCAAAGCAAAAAUCCUGAUGAUUAUCAAGCGGCAAAUAAAUUGAUUAAAACAAUGGUGAAAGAGGAUGAGAAGAGACUUCAGCAGAAUUCGCGAAGAAUCAUGGAAUUAGAAUCUGUUCACAGUAAUGCUAGACUUUUAUCGGAUAUGUUAAAUUCAUAUACACCUGGUCAGGCAAAUACUGAAGAUUUAGAAUUAAUGAAAGAAUUACACGAUGCCUGUGGACGUCUCAAACCAAUUAUAUUAAGACUCGCUAACGAAAUUCAAGAUAACGAAGAUAUGCUAAAAGAAGUACUUGCAGCGAACGAUGAAUUAGAUCAAGUUUUCGAUAAAUAUGCAACAACACUUGUACUUAAUCGAUCAACAACAGAAACAUCCUCAAAUACAAAUAUUACAAAUAAUUCAUCAUUAUUGGAUCUCUCAGCGCCAAAUGAAAUUAUUUCCACAAAUAAUAAUUCAACAAACAAUGAAAAUGAAUGCAAUAAUUUACCACCACAAACAGAUAUGGAUAUUUUAGGUGAUAUUUUUAAUUCAUUGGGAACAAAUUCGAGCUCUCUUCCCGAAACACCUCCAUUAUUACCUGCUUUAUCAAUGCAACCAAUCAAUAUUGCUGCGUCUAAUAAAACAGUUGAAAGUGUGACUAUAAAGCCAAAAGGAGACAGUAAAACAAAAGCAUUAGAUGAUUUAAAUGAAUUGGGCGAAUCUUUACUCAAGGAAAGUUUGUCAUCAGUUACAAUAAAAGGAUCAUUCAAUAAUGCAAGCAAAGAAACUAGUCGAUUACCUAUGAAUAGUUUAAAAAAAUUAUCAACAUUUUCAAAUUCAAUGCAAACAAAUAAUUGUAAUAUCGCAAAAGAAAUGGAAAAAUCAUUGGAAAGUGAAUUAAAAUUAAAAAAAGAAUCUGAAGGAAAAUGCGAAAUUACAAGUCAUGAUGUGCCAAUGUUAUUGAAUGGUGACGAUAGUUUUGAUAAUGCUGAAUCUCAUUUUCUUAAUAAUAAAAUCACGAACAAAGAUGAAGAAGAGAAAAAAGAAAAAGAAGAUAACGAUAUUCCAUUAUUGUCAGUUAAUAAUGAAAUUGAAAUUAAAUCAUUAGCGGAUAUUUCCGUUUCAUUGGAAAAUAUUACACCUGGAACAAUUCCACCGUUAACUGUAAUCGAUGAGAAAAAUGGAAUUACAGUUGUAUUACAUUUUGCAAAAGAUAGUCCACGACCUGCCGAUGUAUCCGUUAUUGUCGUUACAACAAUGAGCAAAAAUUCUAAACCUUUGAGUAAUUAUUUAUUUCAAGCUGUUGUGCCCAAGAAAUGUAAAUGUAGACUUCAACCACCAUCGGGUACAGAACUUCCGGCUCAUAAUCCAUUUCUACCUCCGUCAGCAAUCACACAAAUUGCAUUAAUUGCAAAUCCUUGCAAGGAAACACUAUCGUUGAAAUUUAUGUUAAGUUACACAAUGGAUGGCGAAACGAUAACCGAAAUGGGAGAUGUCGAUAGAUUACCAAUCGUUUAAAUAGCAAGUGCAAAUUUUACUUGAAAAUUUAUAAAUAUAGAAAUAUAAAUAUUAAAAAACAAAAAAAAACAAAAAAUAAAAAAAAAACGAAAAAGCUAAAUAAUGUGAUCGCUGGAAAAAAGAGAGUCAAGAAAAUGUAUUCAUGUUUUAAAUUUUAUUUACACGUUCGAUGCUACAAAGAAUUAUGAAGCGUAUAUAUAUAAAUCUAUUUUAAGACUGGUAACUUUUAACGAAUAAUAAUAAUAAUAAUUACAUAGAGAAUGAAUGAGAGUAAUAUAAAAAAAUAAAAUAAAAUCGUUACUAAUUACAAA